AUGACCUAGAAAAUGACCCCUUCCUAAACUCUGCCCUUCAAAGAUUCACAUGCGAUUUGUAUUAUAAAUUCGGCUAAUUGUUAGCACCGCUCAGUGUCGGUCUUAUUACCGGAAGGCAUUAAAUCAACGGCAGAAAUUUAAAAUAAAAGGAUAAUCUUGCAAUAUAUAAUCUCACAAUGUAUAAUAACAUGGACAAGAAAAGUAUCGUCAACGAUUUAUAUCACGCAUCGGUCGUCUGCGUUUUCGCUAUCGGCUAUGCAAAUUUUUUUUCCGUACACGGUAGGCAGUAUCAUUGACCGUGGGCAGUAUCAUUUUAACCGUUGGCAGUAUCAUGCCGAAAUAGCCGAAAAAAUCAAAUCAAGAUGGUAGUUUAGCAGUGCAGAGCGGACGAACAUAGUGUUUACAUUUUGUCUUCUGAGUAACCUUAUAAUGAAUAUAAAGCGCAGAAGCUAUUCAAUAUCAGUUGACGAUUUUAAUAGUUAUGUUAACAUCUUUUGACAUAUUUCUAGCUUCUUGGUUCCAUACUCAAAACUCUCUCAUCUUGUUGUUUCUGAAGUUUUGUACAUAACAGACACAGUUUGUUUACAACUCAUUUUCUCACUGUUGCUGGUAUUGUUAUAUUCUUGCUGUGUGUUAUAUCGGAUUAUACAUAUCUUAAAAAUAUUCAUUCAUUUUUAUAGUUGCUAGCUAAUACUUGAAAAAUGUCUGCAACACUUAGAUCGUUUCGUUCCCGUUUUAUAAAUGUUGAAAACACUGAUGAACUGAAAGCUGUAGUAUCAGAUAUUCUUCCUUUUAAUGAAAACGAAUUCAAGAUUAGUAAUAUACAAGGAUCAGUCAAGAAAUUUAAAGCUGUUGUUGAGUGUACCAUAUCUUCUGAGGAAGAGUUUGUGAAAAGCUAUCAAUCCAACACAAAUGAAACGUUGAGAAAGCUAACACCAAGAUAUACUGGUGAGAAAAGCCUGUAUAAGCAAUUUACAUACUUCAGAUGUCAUCAUAACACACGGUAUCAAGCGACAAUGAACAGUAAAAUGAAGAUGAAAUGUAAUCCCAGUCAGAGAUUCAAAAACACUGAUUGUCCCUUCAGCUUGGUGCUGAAGUAUAAAAAAGAAGAAGGUGAUAACAAUUGUUUGCUAGAAAUGGAAUGGACUCAUAAUCACCCAGUAAAUUCUCUACAGUCAUUAUCCUUUAAGGAUAUCAAGCCAGAUGUUGUGGCUGAAAUUACUCAGCUAUAUGAAAGAGGCUUCACUCCUGGGUUAGCUUAUCGAGAGAUUUGGACCAAAACUAAAAAGUCGUAUGAAAGUGAAGUAGCUUUUCACAAGUUCAUCUCUGACCGAUCAGUGUUUCCCAGACGCACAGAUUAUAAUUAUUUAUAUACAGAAUAUCAUCGAAAAAAAUAUGGAACACAAAACACAAGUACAAUGUUUGAAAAGUUGAAUACUUUGGUUGAGCAAGAAACUCUCAAAGAUUCGGAUAUUUCAAUAAAAGCUCAGAAAUUUGAUGCUGAACAGAAUGAUCCCUUUAUCCUGGUAAUCAUUACUCCACUUAUGAAAAGAGUACACGAGAAGAUCAGAAGUUCUGGAGAACUAGUAUUUCUUGAUUCAAGUGGUGGUAUGGAAGAAUACAAUCUCCGAGUAUUCCUCAUGGUAACACACUCUUUUGUUGGAGCACUGCCUCUUGGAAUCAUUGUCACUAGUGAUGAAACAACAGACACAAUAACAAGAGCAUUAGAAAUCUUUUCAGCAACACUGCCUGAUGUUGCCUUUUAUGAUAAAGGACCAUUGAAUGGACCCGGUGUCAUUAUGACCGACAACUGUGAUGAGUUGAAAGACGCUUUACAUGCUGUUUGGCCGAAGUCACGCUUAUUGUUAUGUAUUUUUCACCUAAUGCAGCAAGUUUGGAGGUGGCUUUUCGAUAAAAAACAUGGGGUAUCACAACAUGAUAGACCAGUUAUUAUGGCAAAAUUCAGAAAAGUAGUUUAUGCUGAACUUGAAACCGAGAUGGAAGAAGUGUACGAUGAACUUCUAGAUAGUUUUGGACCGAAGUAUCCCCAAUUGACGUCAUAUUUGGAAAACGUUUAUGAUAUGAGAGAAAGGUGGUGUUUGUGCUAUCGAAGAAAAAUGACCAUAAGAGGAAACAAUACAAAUAAUUUUGUGGAAGCUCAAUUUUUGGUGUUGAAAAAUAACAUUUUAAACAGAACAAAGGAGGUACAUAAUAAUAAUACAUUUCUACUGAGGUCAAACUUUUUUUCCUUGAGUCAAAGCUGCUGAGUCGAAGUUCACCUAUUGGUAUUUAUAUCAGAGAUCUAUAGUUAAAAUAUUAACAUUCAGUAAUAUUUCAAUUUUUCAGAUAAAUAUAAAUGGUUUGUUCGAGAAGCUUACAAAAGAUUUCAAUGAUCAUUACAAGUCUAAGCUUUUGAGUGUUGCUAAUGGAA